UCACAAUUUCUGGGUGUCACUGGAACAUCUGAUCAUCAUUCCUUUGGCAAUUCCAGCCUUCUCUGGAAGGUCAGUAGAAGCAAUUGAUUUAUUCACCUCUACAGGAAUCAGACUCGGCCUAUUUUGGUUUUCAGUGAAUUAUGCCUUUUCAGUUUGGGACCCAACCAAGGAGGUUUCCAGUGAAAGGGGGAGAUUCUUCAGUUGGGCUGGAGCCUGGGCUGAGCUUUCUAGAGAUGUCACCAACCAGGCAACUUGGAAGAUGCCCUGGAAGUCAUGGCCUGACAAUAACUGAUGUUCCCAUCACUGUCUAUGCAACAAUGCGAAAGCCACCUACACAAAGCAGCAAGGAAAUGCAUCCUAAAUAG